AUUAAAUCCGAGGAAAGGGGAGAUAGUGUACAAUGACCUCGGUCGAUUCUACGGCACGAGUUACUGGCAAGAUGAAAUGUCGAUGUUAGAUGUCGUAGGAAUGCCAGGAAGAAUCUGUGGAUUCAUUGUCAUUGACUGGCAGGAUGAUCCAUGAAAUAAACUUUGGAAUGAUGUUUACAAACAUAAGUUCAUGAGCAUGAUCCGUGUGUAUAAGAGAGCUGUGCUAUUUCUGGUGGUGGUGCUCCUGCUCCCUGUGAUACUGCUCAUAUACCUAACCUUUGGAAGUGAUGCCAUAUAUGAGGGUAAAAAGCAGCGUGACCUUAUGGGGUUUACAGAUCGUGAGGCACGGCUAGCAGAUAGAGUGCGUGAGGUGGAACAACAGAACCAGAUGCUGAGGAGACAGUUGAGCGUCUCUCAAAAUCAGUUAAUGAACUACCAGAACAGUCUGGUGAUGGACAAUGAGACUGGGAUAUCUUUGAUCAAUGGAGAAAAUGGGAGACCAGUUCGCUGCAAUAACCCUGAACCUGAAGUGCCAAAAUGUGAAGUAAUCCAUGUGUCCAUAGUGUGUGCAGGCUAUAAUUCCACUAGGAAUGUGAUCACACUUAUCAAAAGUAUUCUCUUCAACAGAAAGCAUCCUCUUCACUUCCAUUUCAUCUCUGAUGGUGCUGCCAAGACAAUCUUACAGACACUUUUCGACUCCUGGAGUGUGCCAGGGGUGCAGGUGAGCUUUUAUCUUGCGGAUGACAAACUAAAGGCUGAAGUGGCUUGGAUACCCAAUAAACACUACUCUGGAGUUUUUGGUUUGCUAAAACUUCUACUUCCUAAUACUUUGCCUACAUUUCUAGACAAGGUGAUUGUUUUAGACACAGAUGUAACUUUUGCAACUGAUAUAGCAGAAUUAUGGAAAAUAUUCUCAAAAUUUAAGAGUAAGCAGGCCAUUGGUUUGGUAGAAAACCAAAGUGACUGGUAUCUUGGAAAGUUGUGGAAAAACCAUCAUCCCUGGCCGGCCCUGGGUAGAGGUUUUAACACGGGUGUGAUAUUACUUGAUCUCCAAAAGUUGCGUGAAUACAACUGGUCACAAAUGUGGAAAAUGGUGGCAGAGAAAGAACUGAUGAGUUUACUGUCCACAGCAUUAGCAGAUCAGAUAAUUCAUUGGAAUUCUCCAGUCAAACUACUGGUGAAGAACAAGCAUGUUGAGUUCUUCAGGAAUCUUCACCUCACUUUUUUGGAAUAUGACGGCAACUUGCUCAGGAGAGAGCUCUUUGGUUGUGCUACCUCUACACCCAACGAAUUGGACAGCAAACUUGUUGCAAUCAACGAAGAUGACGAAUGCUACGAAUUUCGUCGCCAAGGUGCCCUGGUCCUAAGGACCCACUUGUAUUACAUCGACUACGACUACACCCCGUCCGCUGAUGAUGUGACCCUUGUGGCCCAGCUAAGUAUGGACAGACUGCAGAUGUUGGAGGCUAUAUGUAAGCACUGGGAAGGCCCAAUAAGCCUGGCUCUGUAUAUGUCAGAUGCUGAGGCACAGGCUUUCCUUAGAUAUGCUUUAGGAUCCGAUACCCUCAUGGCCAGGAAGAAUAUAGGAUAUCAUGUGGUUUAUAAGGAUGGGCAAUUCUUCCCAGUAAACUACUUGCGCAAUGUAGCAGUGCGUCAGGUGAACACUCCAUACAUGUUCCUCUCAGACAUCGAUUUCCUACCCAUGUAUGGUCUGUACGACUAUUUAAAGAAAGCCACGUCCAUGAUGGAUAUUACGGUGGAGAAGAAAGCAUUGAUAGUGCCAGCCUUUGAGACACAGAGGUAUAGACUGACAUUCCCAAAGUCAAAAGCAGACCUGUUGUCCAUGUUGGAUAUGGCAACAUUGUUUACAUUUAGAUUCCAUGUGUGGCCUCAAGGACAUGCACCAACAAAUUUUGCUAAAUGGAGAAGUGCUACUACACCUUACAAGGUAAGCUGGGAAUCCGAUUUUGAGCCUUAUGUGGUUGUGAGUUCAAAUAUCACAGACUAUGAUCAAAGAUUUGUUGGGUUUGGAUGGAAUAAAGUGUCACAUAUCAUGGAAUUGGAUGCUCAGGGGUAAGUAAAAUAAUUUGAAAUAUGUUUUGAAAGAGCAGAUUGAUGUUAAUAGUGGAAACAAAAUAUUAUGAUAUUUACUACUGUCAACAA